AUGGACGAUCACAAUGCAAGGGUCGAAGCACUGUCUCUCAAAGUCCAGGAGUUCUACGAGAAGAAAGUGCCAUUCCGGUUAUACCAUGGCAACACUAAUUCAACAAGACCUUCAGUCAGAACACAGGCCACCUCACUUGAUGUAUCGCACAUGACGCAUGUCAUUUCAGUUGAUGGAGAAAGCCUCACGUGUCUUGUAGAGCCGAAUGUUUCUAUGGACGCUCUUGUUGAUGCUGCGCUGAAGCAUAAUCUAGUGCCGCCAGUUGUCCCCGAGUUUCCAGGUAUUACUGUCGGUGGUGCGUUUGCCGGUACAGCCGGGGAAAGCUCAAGCUUCAGACAUGGCUUCUUUGAUGCUACUAUCAAUUGGUGCGAGGUGAUUCUAGCCGAUGGGAAAGUUGUCAAGGCCUCAAAGACGGAAAAUGCAGAUCUUUUCGAGGGUAUGAAGGGUACGUUCGGAACGUUAGGGGUAGGUGUGCUGUUUGAGGUGAGGCUUAUUCAAGCAAGCGAGUAUGUUGAACUGAGCUAUCAUACUGUUUCUCAAGGUAUCCAGGAAGCGAAAGAGCUUAUUCGAGGUGCUUGCCAGAAGCCACCAGGUGAAAUCGAUUUUGUGGACGGCAUUAUGUUCAGUAAGCCGCAUGGUGUGAUCAUCACUGGAAAGUUCAUCGAAAGCAACGAAGAAGGUCUAUCUGUUGCCAUGUUCCACGGAGCUUGGGACGACUGGCACUACCUGCAUGCUGAACAGAUCAUGAAUGCAGAUCUGAAAAGCAUAGGGUCUACCGCAGAGAAGCCUUCCGCCCUCCAUCGGGAGUUGGUGCCUUUAAUAUCAUACCUCUUCCGAUACGACAGAGGAGCUUUUUGGACAGGCAGAUAUGCAUACAAGUACUUCCUAACACCCUUCAACCGCAUCACAAGGUAUGGUCUUGAUCACUUCCUACAUACGAGAACAAUGUAUCAUGCUCUCCAUCGUAGUGGUAUGAUGGAACAAUUCAUUAUCCAAGACAUGGCGCUGCCAUGGUUGAAGAUAGAAGAGUUCUACAAUUGGAUCGAUGAGAAGUUCAAGAUCUAUCCUCAAUGGCUAUGUCCGCUGGUAGCCGAUGGAGCAGGAGGUGGACUAAACCCUCAUCACAGUCUAGAUAACGACCUCAACGAUGACUCGGGGAUGAUGCUCAAUAUCGGUGUUUGGGGGCCCUCACCAGGAGAACCUGUUGCAACCAACAGAAUUAUCGAAGCUAAACUUACAGAACUCAAGGGCAUGAAGUGGUUGUACGCACAGACGUUCUAUACCGAGCAAGAGUUUUGGGACAUCUAUGACAGAAAGACCCACAACGAACUGCGAUCCAAGUACAAUGCGACCAGUUUGCCAGAUGUCUAUGACAAGGUAGGAGACUCGAGCAAAAAUCGUGGUAAGGGUCUGACGGGCGUAUGGUCAAUCUGGCCAUUUGCCGGAAUCUAUGGUGUUCUGUCAUGCAUCAAAGGCGGUGAUUACCUCCGAAAGUCCUAA